AUGAGCGUUAAGCAGCAGGCUAACAUCUCAAAAGUGUUUGACGCUGCUGACAAGGACCACUCUGGCGUUCUGUCUGAUAGCGAGAUUCAAGCUUUGGCCACAAGCAUCCAUCAGCAGCCGCUCAAACCCAAGGACUUGACGAGGUUGAAAAAUCAGUUGAUCGACUGCUCAAAAACUCUUCCAAAUGACGUCAGGGAGCUGGAACCCAGUCAGGAGGUCUUCCGUGACCAAAAGAUGUCUCAGGUCACUAAAGAACUCAUCAUGAACUGCAAACCUAUCAUAGAUCGCAUUCGCAGUACCUUUCCAGACCAGAAGAAGUACAAGUAUACGGUCAUGGGGAAGGAAGAGAUACAUUUCAAAUUGCUUCACAGUGACGUGGCUGAGGCGGAUCGCAUAUUUGAUGACGUUCGUCAACGACCAAGGAAGUUUAUCUGCAUGAACGAUGACCUUGACUACACCCAAAGCACUGCGAAGCAAGUGCAAAACAAGUUGGCGAAAUUUUACCAAUCCAUGUUCCCGCGGCCGUCCCAGUUUGAGCUACCCGAAGGCAAGUCCAACAGGUUCCUGCACAUGGAUGAGCAUCUCUAAGGGUUCGGGCACGUAAUGGUGGAAAGCAAUGUUCACUCGAACAUCCCAUGGGACCGAGCAUUCACAAAAACUCCCUGAGCAUUCCUUGGACCUCACUGGGUAACAUCAGAUAGUUGGCCAAACCUGUUGACAAAACCUGAGGUCAUAAUGUUAUAAGUUACACAAUGUCGAGGUAUGUUCCAAAAUGUCAAGCAUAUAUGGUUUAAAAUACAUCCUCCAAAAUCUAUAUUCAAAGAUCUUGUCACAGGCAUCACACAGGGUUCAAUCUUGGGUCCUAUUCUGUUCUGUCUUUUUAUAAAUGACAUACCAAUUGUGUGCCGAGGCUGCGAGAUCAUGAUGGACGCAGAUACGGUAUUGCAUUUUAUUUUUUUUGUGAUUUCUAAGAUGUCUAAAAUUUUCAAGUGUAAAUUGAAGGACUGUAUGGUUUGUUUCUUUUAAUCCGAGUACCUGAUUAUAUGAUUCUAAUUUUCAGUUCGAUUUUCGAAUACCAAAAUAUUUGAUCACCGCAGCCCGAGUUGUGCCACAUAAAUGGAUUACUCUGCCUUUAAAUAAAUUUUAAAUACUUUUAUUUGAAUUGUGCAACAAGAAAGUGCAGGCAAUUGUGAUGGUCACUUUUCUCAAACUAACAAGACUCAGGCAACCAGCCGGAGGUCAAGGCCAACUCAAAAAACGGCAAUCUGCUUCUUAA